AUGCCUUAUGACUUAGCCAAGGAGACAGGGAACUGGAAGGGGUGCGGAAAUUCCGACAACUAUGGCGAGAUUCUGCAGAAACUUGGCGUGCCACCGGACAUGGUACCGAAGAUACUGGAGAUAGAAUACUCGGUGGAAAUGACGGUUUCAGGGGACCAGUUCACCUACAAGAUCACAGAGUUCGGCCAGACGUCAGUCAACACCUUCACUCUGGGCGUGGAGAGCGAAGAGCAGGACGCCUGGGGCACGAAAAGGAUGGUGACAUACAGUAUGGAAGGUGAUUCGCUGGUGAACACCUAUCCCAGCGUGGAUGGGAAAGGACUGCACUUCCGCAGCUGUCGCCGUUUUCUGGACGACAACACCAUACAUACGAUAUAG